AUUUUACCAAGGAGCGUUGGUUCCCAUAAUGCAACGCGAGGCUACGACCAGGUCGGUUGAGAUUUUCAUCUCCACGGUUGAACGUCUCUGGUAGCGGGUCGCUCCGCUGUGUGAAGGCAGCUAAGAGGCGACGGAGCAGCGGGGGAGGUAGCAGGCGAACCAAAGGCGAAGAGGACAAGAGGGACUUUCGGCUGCGUCCCGUGUUUAGAGGCAGCGACACCAGACCUCUGGGUUUCACUUGACGGCAGACGGGCUCUUCUCCCCCCAAAAAAGAGAGAAAGCGAGAGACGAGGCCCUCCGCAUAAUUUGACGGCCAACUUACUUCUUUCGAACUCUUCAAAAACAACCGUCGUGUCGAAGUGGGUUGGAACUAAGGAGACGUUUUCGUUUGAGGACGGACACUGGGAUUUAAAGAACAUAUCUGGCAGCACCGUGCUGCGACAACAAGAGGAUAUUUUUUGGGGUGCAAAUUACGAAUACGAUUUGAAAGGCCCCGAUUUGGCUUACGUUUGACAGGCACGGUGAGCACAUGACAAGGGGAUCCUUUGAAGAAAAUUGUAAUGAUGACAUUUGGCAGUAAAGCGAAGUAACGUUCACAACGCUAGCUUGCAAGCUACUCGGCUAAGGUAGCAGACUGCUAACUAAGCCUGUGUCGCCCUUUGCAUUCCCGGAGUAUAGAGGAGGGGCAGCGGGGCUUUGUAGCAUUGCGGCUGGAAUGGAGAAUCCCAAAUGUGUGCCACAUCUACUCAGGGGAAACCGUUAAACCGCGGCGAGAGGACCCUUUUCCAUUUUUGUUCAAUCAAAGAGCAGCUUCCAAACCAACCGGCCUGGGGCAGCUAGGCCAUGUUAUUGGGACGACUACACUUUUCUCUUGUGCCCUGCGGCGAUCGGGAAUGUUAACAUGGGGAGCUGCUGCACCCCAUAUACGCCCCAAAUGUGGAUCUGGAAGCAAAGAUUAUGAGUAAAUUGGCAAUACAGCGACUUCCCCGCAGCUGAAAGUUUGUGAUUCCUUAUUUUCCAAACCUAUUCAAGGUGAGAUAACUUUUUUUUUGACUGGCUUGUUCGAGCCCAGCCUUUUUCGUCGUAUUUUCACUCACUCAUCAUUAAACCCAACUGGACUGCACAACCAUGUCGGGAGAGGUGCGUUUGAAGAAGCUGGAAAAGCUGAUUUUGGACGGGCCCGCUGAUUCCAAUGGCCAGUGUCUUAGUGUGGAAACCCUUCUGGACGUCCUGGUGUGUCUCUACGAUGAGUGCAACAAUUCUCCACUCCGAAGAGAGAAGAAUAUUCUGGAGUUUUUGGAUUGGGCAAAACCCUUCACAGCCAAAGUGAAGCAGAUGCGGCUGCACAAAGAAGACUUUGAAAUCCUCAAAGUGAUUGGCCGAGGAGCUUUUGGAGAGGUCGCAGUCGUGAAGGUGAGAAAUACAGACAAAGUAUUCGCCAUGAAGAUUCUGAACAAAUGGGAGAUGCUGAAGCGAGCUGAGACGGCAUGCUUUCGAGAGGAGCGAGACGUUUUGGUCAACGGGGACUCCCAGUGGAUUACCACCCUCCACUACGCCUUCCAGGAUGACAACAAUUUGUACCUGGUCAUGGACUACUAUGUGGGAGGUGACCUGCUUACAUUGCUCAGUAAAUUCGAGGACCGACUGCCCGAGGAAAUGGCUAGAUUCUACCUGGCUGAAAUGGUGCUUGCUAUCGACUCAAUUCACCAGCUUCACUACGUUCACAGGGAUAUAAAGCCCGACAACAUCCUGUUGGAUAGGAACGGCCAUAUCCGUUUGGCUGACUUCGGCUCCUGCCUCAAACUCAUGGAGGAUGGCACGGUCCAGUCCUCCGUGGCCGUGGGGACACCGGACUAUAUCUCUCCAGAAAUCCUCCAAGCCAUGGAGGAUGGGAAGGGCAAGUAUGGACCUGAGUGCGAUUGGUGGUCCCUGGGCGUCUGUAUGUAUGAAAUGCUUUAUGGAGAGACCCCCUUCUAUGCCGAGUCCCUCGUGGAAACGUAUGGCAAAAUCAUGAACCAUAAGGAGCGAUUCCAAUUCCCACAACAGAUAACAGAUUUAGUUUCAGAGGAGGCAAAGGAUCUCAUACGUCGGCUCAUUUGCUGUCGAGGGUACCGAAUAGGACAGAAUGGGAUUGAGGAUUUCAAGCAGCAUCCAUUUUUCACCGGCAUUGACUGGGACAAUAUCCGCUUGUGUGAGGCCCCUUACAUCCCUGAGGUCAGCAGUCCCACCGAUACCUCCAACUUUGAUGUGGAUGACGACUCUCUCAAGAACGCCGAGACCAUGCCUCCUCCCUCUCACACUGCCUUUUCUGGUCACCACUUGCCCUUUGUUGGUUUCACCUACACCAGUAAAUGCACCAUCUCUGAUCGGGGCUGCCUGCGGCAGCUGUCAGGUGCGGCAGGCAAGGCGGGUCAGGACAAACUUGACACAGAUGUCCAGCGCAGCUUGGAGGACAGCCUAGCCGUAGAGGCCUACGAAAGGAGGAUCCACCGCCUAGAACAGGAGAAACUGGAGCUGAACCGCAAAGUUCAAGAUCUGACCCAGACGGUUCAAGCACAUCAGCGCCCAACUGGUGAAGGCCUUUUGAGUGCCAACAAGGAGGUGGAGAUCAGGAGUCUAAAGACCGAGAUUGACAUUCUCAAGAAACAAAUCGCUGACUCAGGCCAACUGGAAAAACAGCUUGAAGAUGUGACGAUGGCUCGUCGAGAACUAGAGGACUCAUCCAAACAUGUGAAGAUGUUAGAGAAACAAAUAAAAAGUCUCACGAGGGACAACGAUGACCUAAUGAAGGACCUUGUGGAAGCCAACGAGAAGGUCAAGUCACAGUCAAAGGAUCUGAAAGAAGCUUACGGUCAGAGAAAACUGGCCAUGCACGAGUUUUCAGAACUCAACAAGGACCUCUCAGACCUCAGAUCGGAAAAGCAGCAACUGUCUCGACAGCUGCGUGACAAGGUGGAGGAAAUGGAGAGUCAAAAUCAGAAAUUUGAGGCUCUGCGCCUUGAGGUGCGAAAGACGGAGAAGGCCAGGAAAGAGAUGGAGACUCAGAUGGACGAGCGCAUAGCCGAGGCGCUGAAAGAGAGGAAGCUGAAAGAACGUAAUGAGCAGUACACCCGGCAGCUGGAGGGGGAGCUGGAAAGGCUGAAGGUAAAACAAGUUGGGUCGUUUUCUCUCGCCACCCCGUCCGACCAAUCCCAGGAGAUGGGGCGUCUGCGGGGUGACCUGGAGAAGAAGACCCACCUGCACGAGGAGGAACUCUCCCGUCGAGAUGAACAACACGGCACAGAGUUGAAGACUUUGCGCAAGGAUCUGCGUGACGCCGAAAGCCAGCAUCUCAGCCUGCAGAAAGAGAUUCUCAUGCUCAAAGACAAGCUCGAGAAGACUCGCAGAGAGAGUCAAUGUGAGCGGGAGGAGUUUGAGACGGAUUACAAGCAAAAGUGUGAAAGGGAAAGAGUUCUCCUUACUGAAGAAAAUAAAAAGCUGUCCAGCGAAUUGGAUAAGCUAACAAGCAUGUUUGAAAAGGUGAGCGUCUCCAAUCGGCAGCUUGAGGAAGAGAUGAGAGAGCUGGCUGACAAAAAGGAGAGCGUUGCUCACUGGGAGGCCCAGAUCACGGAAAUCAUCCAGUGGGUGAGUGAUGAGAAAGAUGCACGCGGCUACCUGCAGGCUUUGGCCACAAAGAUGACGGAAGAGCUGGAGGGCCUGAGAAAUACCAGUCUGGGAGCGAGAGCGACGGACAUGCCUUGGAAGAUGCGUCGCUUUGCCAAGUUGGACAUGUCAGCCCGCUUAGAGUUGCAGUCCGCCUUAGACGCUGAGAUCAGGGCCAAACAGAGCAUUCAGGAUGAGCUGAAUAAGGUCAAGGCGAACAACAUCUCCACAGAAUGUAAACUGCAGGACGUCGAGAGCAGAAAUCAGGAGCUCCUGGCUGAGAUCGACAGGCUGAAGAAAGAGACCGAGGAGCUGCGCUUACGUAGAGGUGUCAAGCACCAGGAUUCCCAGAAUUCUUUCUUAGCUUUUCUCAAUGCCCCUACCUCAACACUUGACCAGUUCGAUCGCUCGCCAUCCGUUGGCCCAGCUAGCAAAGGCAGACGUGUGGACUCAAUGGAUAAUUUCACAACGUCCAACACUCCAUCCCGGGAAGAUGACCAGAAGUCCCACCUCAAGUCCCGCUCACGUUCACCGUCAAUGGCCAGCGAUAUGGAGCCCAUCGAGUUGAUAGAUCAUUCUCCUCGAGCAGUCCAGACCCCCACGAUGCGCUCAGGAGGAUAUGGCAGUAUCGGUCGCUCCUCCCCAAAGCCAAAAGCACAUCAAUUUGUAGUGAAGUCAUUCAGCACGCCCACAAAAUGUAACCAGUGCACUUCCCUCAUGGUGGGACUCAUACGCCAAGGUUGCACCUGUGAAGUUUGCAACUUCUCCUGCCACGUAACAUGUGCAGACAAGGCUCCAGCAGUAUGUCCCGUCCCGCAGGAUCAGACCAAAGGACCGCUUGGCAUCGAUCCUCAGAGGGGUAUUGGUACAGCAUAUGAAGGGCACGUGAGGGUGCCUAAACCAACCGGGGUGAAGAAGGGCUGGCAGAGGGCGAUGGCAGUGGUGUGCGACUUCAAACUCUUUCUCUACGAGUUAGGCGAAGGAAAGACAACACAGCCGAGUGUCAUUGUGAGCCAAGUCAUAGACAUGAGGGACGAAGAGUUUUCCGUCAGCUCUGUUCUGGCCUCUGACGUCAUUCACGCGAGCCGCAAAGACAUCCCCUGCAUAUUCAGAGUAACGGCGUCUCAGCUCUCCCCCUCCAGCAGCCACAAGCCAUCCAUCUUGAUUCUAGCUGACAGUGACCAGGAGAGAAACAAGUGGGUGGGUCUUCUCAAUGAGCUCCACCGCAUCCUCAAGAAGAACAAGCUCAAGGAACGCUUCGUCUACGUCCCCAAGGAGGCUUACGACAGCACACUGCCGCUCAUCAAGACGACACAGUCUGCUGCUAUCAUAGAUCACGAGCGUGUCGCCCUGGGCAACGAAGAAGGCCUCUUUGUCAUCCACGUCACCAAAGAUGAAAUCAUUCGGGUGGGCGACAAUAAGAAGGUGCACCACAUCGACCUGAUCCCCCAAGAGCAGCUGCUGGCUGUCAUCUCUGGAAGGAACCGCCACGUCCGACUCUUCCCCUCGCAGGCCCUUGAUGGUCGCGAGAUCGAGUCCUACAAGCUCGGCGAGACAAAGGGCUGUCAGACCAUUGUCUCCGGGCCCGUCCGAAACGGCUCUCUCACAUGUCUCUGUGUGGCCAUGAAGAGGCAGAUCAUGUGUUACGAGGUGAACAAGAGCAAAGCCCGCCACCGUCGGCUGCGGGAGCUGCAAGCUCCAGGGCUUGUCCAAUGGAUGGGUCUGCUCAAUGAGCGGCUAUAUGUGGGAUACCAGUCCGGCUUCACCCGCUACAGUGUCCACGGUGACGUGAAUCCAGUUAGCCUGCUUCAUCCCGAGGAUCACACCCUGGCAUUUAUCCCUCAGCAGAACUUGGAUGCCCUUUGUGCCGUGGAGAUCUCGAGCAAGGAAUUGUUGCUGUGCUUCAGUGCCAUCGGCGUGUACGUGGACUCUCAAGGACGCAGGUCACGCCAGCAGGAGCUCAUGUGGCCCGCUGUGCCAAACAGCGCCUGCUACAAUGCCCCUUACCUGUCGGUGUACAGUGAGAAUGCAGUUGAUGUGUUUGAUGUCAACACCAUGGAGUGGAUUCAGACCAUCCCGUUGAAGAAGGUGCGACCUUUGAAUGUCGACGGCUCCCUGAACCUGUUGGGCUUGGAAACAGUGCGGCUCAUCUACUUUAGAAACAAAACAGCUGAGGGCGACGAGCUGGUCGUCCCGGAGACGUCAGACAACAGCAGGAAGCAGAUGGUACGCAGCAUGAACAAUAAGAGACGCUUCUCCUUCAGGGUGCCAGAGGAAGAGCGACUUCAGCAGAGGAGAGAGAUGCUGCGGGAUCCAGAGAUGAGGAACAAGCUGAUCUCCAACCCCACAAACUUCAACCACGUUGCCCACAUGGGACCCGGGGACGGGAUCCAGAUUCUCAAAGACCUGCCCAUGAAUGUCCGCAUCCAAGAGAGCCGCGCGGGCUUCAGCGGUUCGGUCAGCAUCCCUUCCAUCACCAAGAACAGGGCCGAGCCGGGCCGCUCCAUGAGUGCCAGCAGUGGACUGGGCAUACGCUCGUCUUCCCAGAACGGCAGCGCCCUCCGCCGGGAGCUGUCGGGCGGAAGCUACAGCUCGAAGCGGCAAGCCAUGACGUCGCCCUCGGAGAGCUCCCUGUCCUCGGGUGGAGGCGUGGACUGUGGGGAAGCUCCCCUCUCUCAGUUUGACCGAGAGUGGCAGGCGGUUUCGCCGUCGGAGAAGACCCCCGAUCUGAAAAGGGCUUUAAGGACCUUGCUUAGUAAGAUGAAGGACUCUGAUUCCCCACGUCACUCGACGGCCUCCAACAGUUCCACCUUCAGCAGCCCCCCCAGUCCGGCCUCGCCUCACAAGACCAAGUCGCUGUCCUUGGAGAGCACUGACCGAAUGGGCUGGGACACAUGAGCCGGCCCGGCCCGGCCCGCACCCCCACCGGCCCGCCAGUCUAGUGACAGCACACGACUCCCCACCCAACCUAUGCCAACACAACUUUACCUCCCUCGCGAACCCCCCACCCGACCCACCCGCCCCCUUUAACGAUUGUUUAUUGGGGUAGAAGUGGCGUCUGAGUCAAAUGCUGACACACCCUUCCCUGCCUCAUUCAGAUGCAAAGACAGGAAAAAAAAAAGAUUUGUAUUUGUACAUAGGAGCUUUUUGGGUAUUAGGGGACAAUAUUUUAAUUUAUUUAUCAAUAUUAGACUAGAAGCCUUUGUUUUGCCGGCGGCCCCCAAAAAGCCCAUUGCGCCCUCCUCCCCAACCAACCAAGCUGCAGACUUUGCUAACACUAAACUUCCCACUAAGUACAGUCACUUUAUAAUCCGUUUUCCUUCCAAAAUACAGCCGGCGACCUCAUCGCUCAUCCUCAAAGGGGUCCACUUGGCCCCCCGGCCCAACCACUACAAUAAUGUACAUAGGUUCCAAGUAGAGAGUAAUAUAUGAUAAGGAAAUACUAUAGAGAACUACCCGGGGAAAUAUCCUAUUAUUUUUCCUAUUUUAUUCUCGAGUGAUUUGGGGUUUUAUUCAUACGGAAUCCAUUUUAAAACUUUUGUUUUAUCGAUUGCGUUUCGAUUUUCUUAUUUUAUGACGCCUUGUCCCCCUCCCAUAAAUGUAGAUUCGAAUUUGAGCGAAAAUCUGAAUGAACACGCGUAGGCACCGAAGGGAUGUGAAUGCGGCAAAAUGUUUUAAAGUGUGCACGUGAGCUUUAUUUGGUUACCCCAAAAAAUGGGGGAGAAAAAAAAGAGGGCAACAUCCAGACUUUCAGUCGAGCCGUUGCUUGCGCUGAACGUUUGUUGGGAUCAGCUGCUCAUUCCCGAUGAGAAAAAGAAAAAAAAAAGGCAAAGAUCAGUCGAGCCGUUGUUUGCGCUGAACGUUUGUUGGGAUCAGCUGCUCAUUCCCGAUGAGAAAAAGAAAACAAAACAAAACAAAAAAAAAGCAAAGAAUGUCGACACUGUGGGAGCUUUAUGUUGAAAAGCUCGCAGCUCCUUUUGGCCUCCCAUUCACAAGCCAAUCUGCUUAUCAUAGCGCCGACUGUUAUUUUAUUUUGCUUCUUCUACUGGUGGAUGCGAGGUGUCCUCACACAUGACACGACCAUGUGGGUAUUCACGACACGACGGUGUGCUUCUAAUGUGUUAUUCUGUCACUUUGUAAGUGUGGUUGUCAGGGAAGCAAAAAUACAUGACGUGGUCAUUCCUCUCCAUUUGAUUAUUUUAUUUUAUUUUUUAUUUUUUGAAACACUAUUCCACAUGUGUGCGUUUUUCUUUUGGUUGAGUUACUAACCAAGCCGAUUUGAUUCUGAUUGAAAGCACCUCCUGAGCGCCCGGCACGUGGAAUGUAUUAUCUCAGAGCGAGGAGGACCUUUUAUUGGCCAUUGUUGUACACUGUACAGGUGAAAUAAAACGAUCCAGACGACAAGAAAGACUAACUCAGGAAAAGGUUAGAAGCAAUAUGAUGAUUUUUAUGGCAGGAGUGGAUUAAAAAGAAAAUGUUUUCGGGCUGCUGUGGAGAGAAAAA